AUGGAUCCGGACGCAUUCACCGCCAGCCUAUUCAAGUGGGACCCACGAACCGUCCUCCCCGCCGCGCCGCCCCCGCGUCCCCCGCCGCCACUCCUCGACUACGCGGUCGCUCCUCCCGCCGUCGCCCCCGUCUACCAUCCUCCCAGGGCGGCGCCGCGCGAGCUCGGCGGCCUCGAGGAGCUCUUCCAGGCCUACGGCAUCCGCUACUACACGGCGGCGAAGAUCGCCGAGCUCGGCUUCACGGUGAGCACGCUGGUGGACAUGAAGGACGAGGAGCUCGACGACAUGAUGAACAGCCUCUCCCAGAUUUUCCGCUGGGACCUCCUCGUCGGCGAACGCUACGGCAUCAAAGCAGCCGUCAGAGCUGAACGACGUCGCAUCGACGACGAAGACAUCAAACGCCGUAAUACCAACCUCCUUUCCACCGACACCACCACCACCAACGCCCUCGAUGCCCUCUCUCAAGAAGGUUUGUCGGAGGAGCCGGUGGUGCAACGAGAGAAGGAGGCGGUGGGGAGCGGGGGAGGAAGCACGUGGGAGGUGGUUGCGGCGGAGGAGAGGAGAAAGCAGCAGAGAAGGCGGAGGACGAGGAUGAAGGCGAAUCUUCAGCAGGAAGAUAACGAGGAGCUUGAGGAUGAGGAGGGAGAAGAGAAUGAGGAAGGGAACAACAACAGUGGUGGAGGAUGCGAGAGGCAGAGGGAGCACCCGUUCAUCGUGACGGAGCCUGGGGAGGUUGCACGUGGGAAGAAGAACGGUUUGGAUUAUCUGUUUCAUCUCUACGAGCAGUGCCGUGAGUUCUUGAUGCAGGUUCAGGCCAUCGCGAAGGACCGUGGUGAAAAAUGCCCCACCAAGGUGACGAAUCAGGUAUUUAGGUAUGCGAAGAAAGCUGGAGCAAGCUACAUCAACAAGCCAAAGAUGCGACACUACGUGCACUGCUACGCUUUGCAUUGUCUCGACGAGGAGGUGUCGAACGAGCUUCGUAGGGCGUUCAAGGAGAGAGGAGAGAACGUUGGAGCGUGGAGACAAGCAUGUUACAAGCCCCUUGUGGCCAUCGCAGCGCGUCAAGGUUGGGACAUUGAUGCCAUAUUCAACGCACACCCUCGUCUUUCCAUUUGGUACGUUCCGACGAAGCUCCGUCAGCUUUGUCACGCCGAGAGGAACAGCGCCGCCGCUUCGAGCUCCGUGUCCGCCGGCAGCGCCCUCCUUCCCUUCUAA